CUCUUCUUGCGACGACCUCCUUCGGGAUCUCCAUCUUGUCCGAACAAGCCUAGGCUUCCAUGGAGUUCAAACCUCGCAAUUACACUGCCGAACGAGCGGCCCACGCGCUUCCUCGUGUAUGCGCCGACAACCAUCCCCUCUCCGUUUCACCCUCACCUCACCGCCAGGUUGAUGUUGUGGAUCAUGGGAACAGUGACUUUUUUGAUCCGCUCAGAGGAUUGGCUGAUAAUGCAACGGUUUCUGAAGUGCAAGAUCUUGAAAGUACUUUUAGUGAAGCUUCUACUCAACUCCCGACAAAGGAAUGGAUAUCUUUCAAGAGAUUUUUAAUGCAGAGAUUUCCUGCCUCUAAAAUGGUUUCAAUUUCUUCAAUGUCCCAUGUGCUAAUGAAAGGUGUAAAGACGUAUGAGAAAUCUUCAACAAGUACACAUCUGGAGGAACUAGACGAUCCAGAAAAAUAUUCAGAAGAUGGUGUCAAGGUCAUCACUCGGCAGGAGUAUGUCUCUCGAUUACAUGAGCUCAAAGAUGAAAUUAAUCGUGCUUGGCGUGCUAAUGAUCGUGUAACAUCUUUAAAGUUAUCUAUAAAGGUUGCUAGGCUUUUGAUGGAUACAUCAGUUUUACAUUUUUAUCCUACACUUUUUGUUCUUGCUAUGGAUAUAAUGGACAUGGUUGGGGAUAUGGUAUGGGAGCGCAUCAAGUGGAAAGCCGAAUUUGCUGAAGAUGGAACCAGAAUCUGCUCUUUACCAGAGAACUUUCAAGCAAGUGACAUUUGCUAUGAUGCCAAGGAAACUUGCAAUAAUUGGUUCUGCAAGAUUGGUUCCAUUCGUGAGCUUCUUCCACGCAUUUAUUUAGAGCUGGCUAUAUUGCCCUGCUGGCGUUUCCUGGUUGACCAACCUGAAGACAAUCUGCAGCGUUUGGUUAUGAUGACAAGAGGGUUAGCAGAUCCGUUGGCAUCUGCCUACUGUCGUCUAUUUAUUGCCCACUGUGCCCAGAAGUUGCCUUCAUGUGAUAUAGGAUAUCUAGUUAAAUGUGUUAAUGACAUCAAUAUUCUAUUGAUGCGGAUUGUAUCAGCCAAAGAAACAACUCAUCGAAAUUCUACAGACAACAAAAGAUUGCUUUUCGCUCUGAUCGAACCAACCAUUGAGUAUAUAAUGAAAUGCAUAUUUAAGGAUGCAUCUGAGAGGCAAGUCGAUAAUGUACUUGUGGAUCUUGGAUUAGGAAGAAAUCAAGUGGAUUUGUUUGGGAGUUUACCAUGUGUCUCAAUCGUACUUCAUCAGCUACUUAAGGAACUUCCUGCUGAAAUUGUUACUUCAAAUGCUGUGGAGAUCCUUCAUAUCAUUGAACGUAGCAAUGAUUAUUCCUUUGACCAGUGUUUGAAUUACAGGUUACUUGGAUUCAGGCUGUCUGAAAGGAGAUCUCAAAUGGACAUUAUCCAUGUUGCGGUUGAUAAAGUUAUUCAGGUUGUCAGUCAAAACAACAGACUUGGUGAGUACCUGAAGGUUGUGGAUGCUUAUGUGGAUAUUGUUCUUCAAAAUCAGAUGGAUAACCAUCUGAACACCAUUUUAGGAGGUAUUUCAAACCGAGCUUGCAAUAAAGUGGUUACUGAAGAUGAAUUGGCAAGCUUGCAAACCAUCUUGGUGAAGCUUCUUACUCAUUUCAAGUGCUUAGAAGAUGUACUUGCCUUGAACCAUUUUCUGGAGAUCUUAGAUAUAAUGUAUGGGAGUUCACGGAGCAUUGUCAAUAUGCAUGUCCUUAACAUGGUGACAAGGAACAGUUAUAUACGUGAUCCUACUACCAUACAGAUGCUUUUUGAAAUUUCUCAGGCCCUGCAUGAUGAUCUUGAUUUUGUGAAUGUGAAAGAUGAUGAUAACCAUCCAGCACAUUUGAUUUCCCGUUUUGUCCGUAUGGUUGACUAUGGCACAGAGAUGGAGCGCCAUUUAACAUUUUUAGUCGAAUGUCGUGGAGCUUUUGGUAGCUUAAACGAACUUAAGGAAACUCUUGUUCAUUCCAGCAACUGUUUAGCAAUUAAGACUUUGAAAGAUGCAAAAAAACAUCUUAGUUUUGUCAAAUCUUGCAUGGCAUUUAGUGAAGUCACAUUACCUUCUAUUUCAGCUCCGAUCAAGCAGUUAAAUCUUUAUCUUGAGACUGCAGAGGUUGCCUUGUUAUGUGGUUUAGUCUCUCAUUCAGAUGGACUGUUAGAUUCUGGAAUCAGCUGCCUGCUAAGUUUAGACUUCGCGGAUGGCUCCCGAACAUUAGCUGACAUUGAAGGAAUACUGUCUGCAAUUCAAAAAUUGUGCAGCCUCUUGGUUAUGGUUCCAGGUAAUCCUGAGAAAGGAGUCACCUACUCCCCAAAUAACAUAUUAUCACUUGUUAAUUCCAAAUCAUGGAUGACCCCAGGAAUAAGGACCCGAAUUUUGUGCACAAUACUUACAUUGACAGCAACCCUAUCUCAAAACAAGCUCCCAUACCAUGUGGAUAAUAGAGAGUUGGACGAGUUCCAUUAAGCUUCUCAAGGAUUUGUAUGCUGACAUGAUAUGGAAUAUUACUAGUGGUCUUUUGGCCUAAUGGCACUUUCAUUAGGCCAAAAUCCUGUAUAAGUAUCAGGUGGUGAGUGAGAUACCGGAUUAAAAUCCUCUUAGGUGCAUGAGGUAAUUACCAAGUGGAAAAAGAAAGGAACAUCACUGUCAGACAUAAUAGAUAAAACACGAAGACAUGUUCACAAAGAAGUGUUUCUAUUAUUAAGUUUAACUUCAUCAACAUCAUUUUAUUAGAUAAAGAAUUAAGACCUAGUACUGAUGGUUUACAAAGGAGCCAAUAAAUAUAUAUUAGUUGAAUAAAAAAAUGUUUUAAUGAUUUGAAUAGGUUUUAUUCCUUAAGGCCGUCACUUAAACUGCAUGUAAAACCUAAAAUUUAUUAACUUCUACAUGAGUUUCAAAUUUUGCUCCUAGUCAAACUCUGUAUACUCCAUGUAGAGUCUUGGCAAUUUGCAUCAACAGGUGCAGUAUUCAUUGUAAAGGAGAGUCCAAAUUUUCAGUUAUUAUCGCAUUUCUCCUAAUAUAUUCUGCUUUU